UUCACUAGAAGCAGAAUCACAUUUCGGUUGGUCAGUAAGGAAGAUUUGCUUUUGCUUUUGUUUUUGCAAACAACGCGUAAAAUUGGAUAUUUUAAUUUUAUUCACUUGCUGAAAGCAUUUUAAAUCUAUUGUGAAGAAAUUAAAAUGUCCAGAGUUACCAAUCUAACAAAACUGCGACAAGAGCGUAUGAGGGAAAUCAAUCUACGGAAUAAAGACAGAGAACGUAUGAGGGAGCAAGACAAAGUAGCAAGGGACAGGGAAGCAUAUUACAGAAAUGGUCACCUCUUCGCUUCACUUGCAGUGUCAGGAACUACACUCUGUUCAGCAUGCAACAAGAGUAUUACGGCAAUGGAAGCCCUCAGCUGCCCAACAUGCAAUGUCACUAUCCACAACCGAUGUCGAGACACUUUGCCAAACUGCGCCAAAAUGAAACAGAAGCAAAAGAUGGCCCUACUGAGGAAUAAUGUCACCCUGCGCACAAAACCUCAAGGAAUGCAUGAACGUCCAACUUCAGCCAUCUACCCUUCCAAUAGCUUUCGUCAGUCUCUGCUGGGAUCCCGUCGUGUUCGCUCCAGCCUAUCCCUGUCUAAGAGUGUCUCCACCAACAACAUUGCAGGGAGUCUAAAUGAUGACCUGGGGCUCAGCAAAAUACUCUCGCAGUCCACAGACUCCCUCAGCUUCAAGACCAGAGCUAUCUCGGUGGAGUCACUCAAUGAUGAUGGAGACAUGUACUUUACUUCAGUAUUGGAAGAGAUGGAGCUUGAGGCCCAGGACUUUAAGGCUGACUCAUGGAGCAUGGCUGUGGACAACAGUUACUUGCAGACACUGUGCAAAAAUGUCAUUAAGCGGCAGGAGAUCAUCUAUGAGCUGAUUCAAACAGAGCUGCACCAUGUGCGCACAUUACACAUCAUGGAAAAGGUGUUCCGACAGGGCAUGCUGGAGGAGCUUCAGUUUGACCUCAGUAUUGUGCAUACCAUGUUUCCCUGCCUGGACAGGCUGAUCAGGUUACAUUCCCAAUUUCUGGAACAGCUGAUCCUGCGGCGCAACAACAGCUUGCAGUCUGGAUCCAGCUGUAAUUACACCAUUCAUAAGCUGGGAGACAUAUUACUAGAGCAGUUCUCAGGCCAGUGCGCAGAUGACUUGCAGAAGACCUAUGCUGAGUUCUGUAGCUGCCACUUGAAGGCCGUAAAAUUAUACAAGGAACUGCUGGCUAAAGACAAGCGGUUCCAGUUCUUCAUAAAGCGGGUGAGUCGAGGUCCCUUUCUCCGUUGCCAUGGUGUUCAGGAAUGCAUCUUGCUGGUGACUCAGCGGAUCUCUAAGUAUCCUGUCCUUAUUGAGCGCAUUCUGACCAACACCACUGAUGAUCACGAAGAAAGACACUCUCUGGCACAGGCUCUCUCAAUGGUCAAAGAGCUCCUUAGUUCAGUAGAUCAAAAGAUGGAGGAACUGAAGAAAACACAGCGACUGCAAGAGAUCCAGGCCAAACUGGAUCCAGAUGCUAAGGCUAGAGCAAGGGACGGGCAACUAUUUAAGCCCGGAGAGUUGCUCCGGAGGAGACUCAUCCAUGAUGGGAUCCUGCUCUGGAAAACUCCAGGAUCCCGACUUAAAGAUAUACAGGUCUUAUUGAUGACAGACAUCCUGGUGUUUCUGCAGGAGAAAGAUCAGAAAUAUAUUUUUCCAUGUCUGGACAAACCCCCAGUACUGUCCCUUCAGAACCUAAUAGUGAGGGAUAUAGCCAAUAAAGAACGAGGCAUGUUCCUCAUCAACAACUGUUCCCCUCCUGAGAUGUAUGAGUUACAUGCUGCCAGCAAAGAAGACAAGAACAUCUGGAUACAACACAUCCAGCACACCAUCAGUAGGUGCCCAUCAAGAGAGGAGUUCCCCCUCAUAGAGAGUGAGCACAAGGCCCAUCUGAGGAGACUCAAAGCUGAUCUCCAGCAGAAAGACCAUGAAAUCCUGGAGCUCCUGCAGGAGAGGGUGACUUUAUUCUGUGAGAUGGCAGAGGUGGCAAGUGGUCAGAAGGGACCACAGCCGCCCAUCAGUCGUUACUUGUUCAGGGCAGACACACCUCAGGCUUCCCGUGCAGAAAAACUCCUUUUGGAUGCCACAGCUGAAGGGGAGAGGUUGACUGAGCUUCUCCUGGGUACAAGCAUGGAUAUCCCAAAGUUGCACCCCCACAGCAGCUUGGAGCUGGUAAAAUCUAGUGAGCAAGAUCUGCUGGUCAAUGGAGCCAAUCAUUCCUCUUACAAGGAAAUCUAUCAGGGGCUGGUGGAUCUCAGUGUUUGUCUCCAUGUACUCCAGGAAGCAGUAAUCAAACAAGACUCAGUCGUGGAACUACUACUGCAGCCACAAAAUAGUGCUCCAACAAGAGCAUUCUACCCCUUGUGCCGAGAUGCUGAAAGUCAAGAGGUCACUGUGGGGUCAACAGUUGGAGAAUUGGCUCUCUUACAAAGACAACACAGUCUGCUGCAGGAGGAGUUGCUGAGGCUGCGGGAUGCUGAGAGCCGGUUCAAGUACAGUGAGAGGGCCCGAGCUAAGUUGGAAAAACAAGUUCAGUACAUAAAAGGCUGCAGUGGGGUUACACUUUCUACCCAGCCGCAGGGGAAACAUGUCUCUGAAGCUCAGGCUUUAAUACUACAGUCAGGAAGGAUCAGAACUGACACCACACAUGCCACAUAUGACUAUCAAUCAGAUGGCCCUCAGGAAGGCAGUGAUCUAGAGACAGAAGUUACUUCAGAUGAUGAUGAUGAUGAUGAUGACGAUGAUGGCAAUGCAUCUGAAAACUCUAAAGAUCAAGAUAUUCCAGAGGAGAUCUGAUCUUUGCCAUAGUUUCAUAGAGUGUAUUUGACUACGAUCUAUGCAGAGUAACAAAAACCAAUUGGGACUUUAAUUGGGAAAAUAGUCUGUGCCUCCCAUGAAUUGUUUUACCCUAAACUAAGAGCAAUGUAAAUGUUUCACGCGAAAAUAUGUAAGACAUGCAUAGCAGUAGAUAGAGUGAUUAAAUACAUACAGACUAAAGUCUGUAGUACCCUUUAAUCAAGACCAUAUGGUGGCAGACAGAGAUCAAGGUACUGCGACUUACUACAUGCAAACAGACAAAACAGAAGUAAAUUAAGUGUCUUUAUCAAUUUUACAAGACAAGCACAGCAAAUGCAACACUUUCGAAUACAACACAAGCAAAUUAGUGAAUGUCGAAACAUAAUGCAAAUACUCACAAUAACAAAUUCCAAAAGAUGUGGAAAAAAACACACUGCAAAGGAAGUGUUUGCAGGGGACCCCAAAAAGAUGAAACUGACAUUUGUUGUAGAUUUCUAACUUUGAGUUGUGUUAACAUUUGUUACUCAUCAGUGGUCUUGGACAUUAGCUUGUCUGUUUUAUUUUACUUAUGAGCCUUUUGAUUAUAAUUAUCUUGUCCAUUCAAAUGAUCUGACUAAAUACACAAUUAUUAUUAGCAAAUUGACCACAUUAAUAAUAUUUAAAUAUGUAUUCCAGCCCUUUUUUUUUUUAUCACCUUUUGGGGUCAACUAGAAAUAUUUUAAUUGUUCUUUGUGCUACUUGCAUUGUGUGUCUCUGUCUAUUCCUGUUGUAUUUGCAGCGCAUUUCUAUAUUUGCUGUUUUGAUUAUUUGCAUUGAGUUUCUGAAUAUUUUGUGUGUUGAGUAUACACAGCACAUAUAUCAGUCAGACUGUUGAAGACGGUUUUGUAAAGUGCAUCGCAUGCUCUCUUGACCACGAGAACAGGGCUUUCCCACUCUCCUCUGACUUUAGACUCUGGCACUCCUGGACCUCCUGGACCUCACUCCUGGCCAGCAAAUUACAGACAUAAAGUAACUAUACUUCUUGCAAUGAGAACUUCUUCUAGUCAAUCUAGUUGCCUUGGUGCACCAGGUCUUCGCCAUUGGACAAAAAGAGGAGUAUGAUGAUUUCACAUGUAUUCUGUACCACGAUCAGUUUGUAUAUGCUGCCAUUCAUCAUGUAUUUUGCUGCCUUGCUGAACAGCUUUACACAAAUUCUCUGAUGUCAUAUCCAAAUCUUACUGGUGGGACAGGAAUCUGAACAAUUUGUUAUUUUCAUCUCUGUUUUAUACAUAUUGCAUUAUUUUAAAAUCCAUAAGAUAGAUAAGAUAAAUUACUUACAGGUACUGUAAAUGGUUUGUAUUCAUGUGACUGAGAAAAAAAUGCACAGUUGUCCUUUUUCUUCUUGCUUCCUUUCUUUUUUGCAAGACAAUCCUUCAUCUUUCAUUGUGCAAAAGACAGAAACAUUUACCAGGCUCUUGUAUCAGUAAUGUGUGAACUUGUAUGACAUGUAUGUAACAGCCAUUAAUUCAUACUAUGUUUGCCUCGAACGAGCAAACAGAUUUGACAUGUAACAGUAAUUUUUCAAUGUAAAUAUUGUGGAAAGUGCUGAGAUGAAAGUUUUUUUUUUCUUCAUUUCUUCGUUGUUUUGGUUAUAAACAGAAUGUGGGCAUUUUUUUUUUGUCAUUAUCAGUGUAUUUGAAUGGACAAACUAUGUGUUUACUUUACUUCUAGCAGUCUAUUUUAGUCUAAUCCAAUUAUUAUUUCUCUAAUUUAAACCAAACAUAAUGGGGAAAAAAAAAUGAAAAAAGGAGUGCUUCUUUUUUUUGGAUAAAUGAAAAAACCUCCAAGGGGCUCUUUGGUGUAGGGGUGAUCAAUUAGCAAACUAAAAAAACGGUGACCAAGACACUCUUGUGAUCGAAAGUUUAAAAAGCCUUUAUUAAAAGUGGCUAAUAUAUUGUAAAAAUUAAAAAGCACCUACUGGUCACCCUGAUGAAGGCUAUGUGCCGCAAUGUGUAGGUGCUUUUAAUAAACAAUACAAGCAGUCACUUAGUAUUAUCAUGUCAAUACUAACUGACGUUUAUCUGUUUAUCUGAUCUGUUAAUGGGAGGUAACAGACAAUGAAACAUAGUCUCGAUAGACUGGGAUAUGCAUAAGAAGGCAAAAGGUCAGGAAUAUGUCCCUGGAAUACCUAGGCAGCAGUUCUACACUAUGUCAAAACUCAUUGGAAUCCCCAGCUCACAAUGAGUUCCAGACCCUUCAUGGCGCUGUAACAGCACUGGGCAAUGACCUUAGCAGCUGAGUGCUUCACCCGCGCUGUGUGAAGGAGCAUUAUCACAAGUCCUCCUUUCCUACCGCCGAGAGCCCAUAGAACUAAGUAGUCCUCUAUGUAUAACAUUGAUUAUUUUUAAUUAGCUGUUCUGUUGUGUGCACUAUCCUUUAAACUGUAUGCUGCUGUAACACUGCAAAUUUUGCCACUGUGGAAUAAAUAAAAAGACUGACUUGUCUUGUCUUA